AUGAUGCAUCAGCACGACAUGAAGGCCAAAGAUGAGGACGAGCAGGCUGACGUCUUUCCAUUCCAAAAUUUGGAAAAGACUCAAGUCUUGCAAGAGACCAGAAUCUUCAAUGAGAGCCCUUUAAAUCCUCGCAAGUGUGUGCUCACUCUCCUUCAACUUCUCUAUGUUAUCUAUCAGGGAAAGAACUUGAAUACUACCGAAGCCACCGAUGUAUUUAUGAACAUUACCAAGCUGUUCUUGAGUCCUGAUGUUCGAUUGAGAAGGAUACUAUAUAUUGCCGUGAAGGAGCUCUCAAAAACAGCAAACCAAACAUUUGUUGCAAGCAACAGUCUCUUCAAGGAUAUGAGUCAAAACCAAAAUGAAGAAUUCAAAAUCAAUGCUAUUCGUGCGUUGAGAACAAUUAUGGAUGAAAAUCUUUUUAGCAAUUUAGAAAGGCACUUAAAACAAUGUGUUGUGGACAAGAAUCCUGGUGUAGCCAGUGCUGCUCUGUUGGCUGGCUUCCACUUAUCCGAUACACAAAAAGGAGAUCAACUUGUAAAGAGAUGGACUGGAGAAAUUCAAUCUGCUGUUGAUUCACGUUUUCACAUGGUCCAAUACCAUGCGUUAGCUUUGAUGUACAAGCUCAGAUAUCAAGACGGAUUAGCGAUUAGUAAGCUUGUUUCAUCUGGCAUUCAAAACUUGAGAUCUCCUCUUGCUCACACUCUACUCAUCAAGUACUCGAUGAGAAUUUUGAGAAUGGAAGGAAAUAUUAACUCUGAAAGAAGCAAGGCUAUUUUGCAGUACUUGACAUCUUCUCUUAAAUUCAGAAAUGACAUGGUCGUUCUCGAAGCAGCAAAAGCUAUUUGUAGCAUUCGAGAAUUAGGAAAAGAAUUGGCGGCUGCAAUUGAAGCUCUUCGUGGUUUUUUGUCAUCAAACAAGCCUGUUAAGCGUUUUUCUGCAAUUCGUAUUUUGAAUGAUAUUGCUAACCAUUUCCCAAUACUUGUUUCUGUUUGUAACAGUGAUAUUGACAAGUUGAUUUCUGAUUACAACAGAAACAUUGCUACUCUUGCCAUAACCACUCUCUUAAAGACUGGCCAAGAACCAACCAUUGAAAAGUUGAUGAAGAAGAUUUCACGAUUUAUUCCAGAAAUUCCAGAUGAAUUCAAAAUUAUUGUUGUCAAAUCCAUUGAGUCUCUCUGUAUGAGAUAUCCAAAGAAGUAUUACAGUAUGGUCACAUUCUUAGCAAAUGCUUUGCGUACUGAGGGAGGAUAUGAGUACAAGAAACAAAUCGUUGGUACUAUGAUUAACAUUUGCAAGAACUUAGCCGAAAGCAGAGAUAUGGUUGUUUCACAACUUUGUGAGUUUAUUGAGGAUUGUGAAUACACAAUUGUUCUUCAACAAGUUUUACACUUUUUGGGUGUUGAAGGAACAGAAACUUCCAAUCCAUCUAAAUGCAUUAGAUUCAUUUAUAAUAGAUUGAUUUUGGAGAACCCAACAGUAAGAGGAAGUGCAGUUAUUACAAUUGCUAAAUUUGCUGCCAAGAUCAAAUCUUUGAGAAACUCUGUUUUGGUUAUUUUGAGGCGAGUUUUGUUAGAUAGCGACGAUGAAGUUAGAGACCGUGCAGUAUUCUACUUGAAAGUUUUGGAAACACAAGACGAGGAUCUUAUCAAAAAGUUAAUUAUCAAUGAGCUUCCAGAAAAUAUGCAACACUACUUUUACAGUGUUGAGAAGAGCUUGGUUUCCUAUCUUCAAUCGACACUUGAUGAACCAUUUGACUUAUCCGAUGUCCAACUUGUGGAAACCACCGUGGAAACAGAAGAAGCUCCUUCACAAUCAGGAUUGGAAUCUGCUGUCACACAACCUGUUCAACUUGAAACAGCUCCUGCUGAGUCACAACCAGUGGGCGACUCUCAAGAAUUUGAACAAGCUCUUUCCAAAAUUCCACAACUUCAAAAUCUUGGAAAGCCUUUCAAGACAAACCCUCCUGUUUACCUCACAGAAAUUGAUGCUGACUAUGUUGUUUCAUGUGUUGUUCACGUUUAUGAGUCGAACAUUGUGCUUCAAUAUGUUGUUAAGAACAGAGUGGAGUCGUUGCAAUUAAGUAACCUUCUUAUUGAUUUAGAUUUAGGUGAAGUUGAAAAUGUUGAAGAAGCCUUCAAGAUUCAAGCAGAAUCAGCUAUCAAAUUUAAUCAAUCUGAGUCUACCUUUGUAGUGUUGAAGAGAAGCCAAGAGGUUGUAACUGGUAAGCUCCAUAGUGUGCUCAAGUUUUGUACUGCAGAUGUAGAUCCAGAAACUCACGAGCCAUUCGAAGAAGAGGACGAAAAUGAGGAUGAAUUCGAAUUGGAGGCUUUCAAUUUACGUGUUACCGAUUUUUUGAGAAACGUUGCUGUUUCAUCAUUCAAAGAAGAAUGGGACAAGCUUGGUGAAGAAUCAGAAAUUGCUCAACAACCUGUAGAAUACGCAGCAUCUGAUGACUUACAAGCAGCUGUUGAUAAGUUUAUUUCUGUGAUCAACCUUAGACCAAUCGGUGAUAGAAAGGUCACAAAGCAAGUUCAUGGAUUAUACUUUGCUGGUAAAUCGAUAAAUGGCGAUUUGGUGCUUGUAGCUGCACAACUGGGAGAGAAGAACGGAUCUAUUCUCCUCAAGUUAUCAGUUCGAUCCCAAAUGAAUGGUUAA